AUGGCUAACAAGAGACGCCCGAAGAAGGUCAUAGUACCUUACCGGAAAUACGUUGGUGGUCAGGGAUUUGUUAGCAACCGGGGGGCGAGCACGGAGUCCGAAGAUGCCGACAACAAGAUUAUCAAGGGCAGCCGAGCGGAUGGCGACGUUUUUCAUACUCCUCAGGGGACUUAUUACUACGACGUUGACACCGAGUCAGUCAUUCAAAUCAAGCCUCCUACGCCUGCCCCGGUGGCACGUCAGGUGAAUGCCGAAAAUUCGGAGGACAUGGCUCUGCCGUGGGAAAUAUUCGAGCUUGUGCUGAAGCAAUGCGAGCAGGUUGAACCGCAGUUUCUAGCCGUGUGCUGGCACUGGUACGCGAUAUGCGUGCCACUGCUCUACAGGAUACCAAAGCUCUCCAGUGGGAACUUCAGCAAGUUUGUGGACGCCGUAGUGAACAAUCGGAAGAAGCGGCUAGGCGAAAACGUGGUGGAGCUUGACCUCUCCAUGAUAAUCCAGAGCGGCAAGAACUCAUACGUAUCGAAGCUUCUGCGACGUUGUAGUCCAAAGCUUGAGUCAUUUAUCGCUCCGCAAACAAGUUUUGGGUACGCGCCCUUAAUUAGUCUGAAGUCGUGUCGCCAUCUCAGAUACCUGGAUUUGGGGCUGGUCUCCGAAACAGUGCAGCUCGGAGAGCUGUUUUCAGCUAUUAAAGAGUUUCGCUCUCUAACACACCUGUCUUUCCCCCGAAGUUCUGUGGACUGCAAAGGAUUUCGCGACUUCGAGUGGCCCCCGAACCUUCAGUACCUCAAGCUAAGUGGUGGAAUCACCAAUGAGUUCGUGCGCGAAAUCACAUUCCCGCGCACUAUUAAGAAACUGGAGUUUGCAUUUUGUCCGCAGAUAGAUGAGCACUCAGUAUACACAGUUCUAGCUAAGAUCGGAGACCGAUUAACACACUUACACUUUCAUUAUCCAAUGCCAUCUCUCCAGGGGAGUUCGCUAGACGCGGUGUUCCGGUACUGCUCAAACCUCCGGGUCCUUCAGCUGCCAGUGGACUAUUGCUCCAAAUGGGCCUUUUCAGAAUAUAUGCUGACCCCCUUGCCCAGCCCGCGUCCUCUACGUACACUCAUGCUCGAAUGCAGUGGAAAUUUGGGACAAGCAUUCAAGGUUCACCCAGAUGAUAUUACGAUAGCUUUGGCAGAAGAUAGACUGCCAAAUCUGCGGACCUUACGUGUUUCUUCAAAAUUAGGUUGGGAUCUGAAAGGUAGCGACGUUAACGAUCUGAUUUCUUGCUUAGAAGAUCAGUAUGCAGACUUUCGUAUAUCUUAUUUUUAA